UCAGUGCUCCUGCUGUCACAGAGCCUCCGUGUUCCUGAACAGCAGCUGCUCCUCACAGCUCCUCCUCACAGCUCCUCCUCGCAGCUCCUCCUCGCAGCUCCUCCUCACAGCUGCUCCUCACAGCUCCUCCUCGCAGCUCCUCCUCACAGCUGCUCCUCACAGCUCCUCCUCGCAGCUCCUCCUCACAGCUGCUCCUCACAGCUGCUCCUCGCAGCUCCUCAACAGUCCCAGGAUGCGUCUGCUGAUUGCUCUGGGUCUCUUUGUGGCCCUGUUGCAUGUGUCCUCCUGUCUGCUGAUUGGAGCAUUCAACAUCAAACAGUUUGGAGACAAGAAGUCCUCCAACACGACUCUGAUGGACGUCAUCAGCGCGGUGGUCCAUCGCUACGACAUCAUUCUGAUCCAGGAAGUCCGAGACACUGAUCUGUCAGCGACCAAAAGACUCAUGGGUCACGUCAACAAAGCUUCUCCUCAAUACAAGCACAUCGUCAGUGAGCCUUUGGGUCGCAGCACCUAUAAGGAGAGGUACCUUUUCCUCUACAGGGAGCAGACAGUGUCCGUGGUUAAACACUUCACCUACGACGACAAGACAGACGCCUUCAGCAGAGAGCCCUUUGUGGUCAUGUUCACCUCCAAACAGACCGCUGUGAAGGAGUGUGUUCUGAUCCCUCAGCAUACGUCUCCGGACUCCGCUGUAAAGGAAGUGAAUUCCCUCUACGACGUGGUGACUGAUGUCCGAAACCGCUGGAACACCAAUAACAUCCUGCUGUUGGGCGACUUCAACGCAGGCUGCUCCUAUGUUUCCGGGCCCGAAUGGCAGCAGAUCCGCCUCUUCACUGAUAAGAGUUUCCAUUGGCUGAUCAAAGACACCGCUGACACAACAGUCUCACAGAACACACACUGCCCCUAUGACAGGAUUGUGGUCACCACUGACAUGAACAAGGGAGUGGUGCCCAGCAGCGCUAAGGUCUACAACUACAUGCUGGACUUAAGUCUCAGCCACAGUCUGGCGUCGGCUGUGAGUGACCAUUACCCUGUGGAGGUGCAGCUGUCCUGAGCCCCAGACCCGCUUCACAUACCUCCGGGCUGAAGCUGCAUUAGGAUUACUCAGUUGGAGUCCUUUUGGCAACCAUUAAUCAUUGAAUUUACCAAAAUAAACACGUGCUGAUUAUUUCAAUGCAAA